GAAACAUUGGGGACUGGGGAGAGAGUGGGAAGAAAUGGUUACUACUACUAUGUUGUCUGUCCCGAACAUGAGAACACUGGAAACAAGGUUGGGGGCAGGGUCUUACCUUGGUCAACCUUGUUUUUGGUGCAGCUGCAACUUCAAUCCCACAGUUUCAUUGUCAGUAGUAUCAUGUAAAAUUCAAAAGCCUGCCACAGGACUUACUACCAAGAAAACGAAGCUUAAUUCUUCAGACUCAUUGAAUCAAACAGUUGGUGGGCACAACAAGGAGAAGAAGAAAAGAGUGUUCUUUUUAGAUGUUAAUCCACUCUGUUACGAAGGAAGCAAACCUAGCUUGCACUCUUUUCUUCGAUGGCUCUCUCUUUUCCUCUCCCAAGUCAGCCAUACUGACCCUGUCAUUGCUGUUGUUGACGGAGAAAGAGGUAGUGAGCAUCGUAGACAAUUACUACCUUCUUAUAAAGCACAGAGAACAAAGUUCAUGAGACACUUAUCAUCUUCACAGAGACUUUCAAAAGGCUAUGUUGGCAAGUCCUAUCAAGUUAUCAGCGAUGUUCUUCGAAAAUGCAAUGUGCCUAUUAUAAAAGUCGAUGGCCAUGAAGCCGAUGAUGUUGUCGCUACACUUGCAGGACAAGUUCUUGAUAAAGGAUUUCGAGUGGUGAUAGCCUCCCCUGAUAAGGAUUUCAAACAGCUUAUCUCUGAAGAUGUGCAAAUAGUUAUGCCAUUGCCGGAGUUAAGAAGGUGGUCUUUCUACACCCUGAAGCACUACAAAGAUCAGUAUAAUUGUGACCCCCAAUCUGAUCUGAGUCUUAGAUGUAUUGUAGGUGAUGAAGUAGAUGGUGUUCCUGGUAUCCAACAUGUGGUCCCUAGUUUUGGUCGAAAGACUGCUGUAAAACUUAUUAAGAAGCAUGGAUCAUUGGAAAAUUUAUUAGGUGCAGCUGCAAUAAGGACUGUGGGCAAACCAUAUGCACAAGAUGCCCUUACAAAGUAUGCCGAUUACUUACGCCGAAACUAUCAAGUUCUUGCCUUGAAAAGAGAUGUAAAUGUUCAACUUUUGGAAGAGUGGUUAGUUGACAGAAACACAAACAAUGAUAAAAUUGCACUAUCCACCUUUUUGAAAUAUUUGGAAGGAAGUAAAGAGUGACUCACAAUGACUGACUCAACGGUUGAAUCCUUACAGAAGAAUUGGCAGGCCAAAAAUUUUAUGUUACAUAGUUAGAGGGACUCCAAUCUAUGCAAAUGAGAUCAAAGCUGUGUAGGCUAGCAAAGGACCAGCUAAACCUGAGUAGAGAAAGAUUGAGUCACAUUGUCUCGCACAAGAUUGAUCCACUGUCACCAUAUCAAUGAACAAUAUUCAAGUAAUAGGGAAGAAUUUGAGGCUAUUAUUUAGGCAACACUAAACAAUAAAAUGAUUCAUUGAAGAGUCGAGACAUUUCAAUUUUCAGUGGGUAUUCAUGUUUCUCAA